AUGUCUGAGAAUGUUGGUUCAGGGACAGGGUCUUCGCUUCCUAGCAAUGGUAAAAAAGUGAAGUGUAAUUAUUGCUCAAAGACUAUAAGCGGAGGGAUUUAUAGAUUCAAGCAUCAUCUUGCCGGUACUAAAGAGGAUUCAGAGCCUUGUGCUUCAGUACUUGAAGAAGUGAAGGCUGUGAUGUUGAAAGUCUGUGUGGAGGCUAAAGAAGCAUCAUUGAAGAAGAGAAGAUUCGGUGAUGAUGAGGAUUAUCCUGAACAAACAGAAAAGGAGAAGGACAAUUCUCAACAAAAGGGGAAAGAUAUUUGCAACUUUGUCACAAAAGGAAAAGGCGCUCAAGUUCAAUCAACAAUAAAUCAAAUGAUGAAGAAGGAUCUAAAGGAACAAUGUGAUCAACAAUGUGCCAUAUUUUUCUAUACAACUGCUAUUCCUUUCAAUGUUAUUAAGAAUCCCGAAUUUUUAAAGUUUUGUGAGAUGGUUGGGAGAUAUGGAAUUGGCUACGAACCCCCUUCUUACCAUGAGUUAAGAGAAACCCAAUUAAAGAAAGCAGUGAACAAUGUUGAUGAAAUGCUUACUAAAUUUAAAGUAGAGUGGAAGAGAACUGGUUGUUCAAUCAUGUCGGAUGGAUGGACUGAUAAAAAAAGACGUAGUAUUUUUGUCAAAAUGCUAGAAGAUGCCGUAGAAUUUGUUGGUGAAGAGAAUGUAGUCCAAAUUGUUACAGAUAAUGCUGCUAAUUAUAAGGCUGCUGGAGAAAGAAUGAUGGAGACUAGAAAAAGUUUGUAUUGGACACCAUGUGCUGCACACUGCAUAGAUUUGAUAUUGGAGGAUUUUGAAAAGAAGCUAAAGACAACUAAGGUUGCAUCAACACCUGAAGGAAUAAGAGUCCAAAACAUGGCCUUGGAUAGUAGGCUAUGGAAGAAUAUUGUCAUAUGCCUCAAGGCUGCUGCUCCUCUCAUUACAGUCCUUCGCUUGGUUGAUUCAGAUGAAAAAUCAGCCAUGGGUUUCAUCUUUGAAGGCAUGAGAAACGCCAAAGAAACAAUCAAGACUAACUUCGAUUGUGUUAAAAAGAGUUAUGAACCUAUAUGGGAAAUUAUUGAUGGAAGGUGGGAAAGUCAAUUGCAUAGACCAUUGCAUGCAGCUGCGUAUUAUCUUAAUCCUCAUUAUCACUAUGAACCAAAUUUCAUGGAAGAAAGAAAAAAGGUUGGUCUACAGCUUCCUGACUUUCAUUAUGCUAGAGGCCUCUUUCGUAAUGAAACUGCAAAGAGUAGUAGGAAGACCAUGCUACCUGCUGAGUGGUGGGACUUCUAUGGAGAUAGUUGUCCAGAACUAAAGAAGUUUGCUAUCCGAGUUCUAAGAUUAACUUGUAGUUCAUCUGGUUGUGAGCGUAAUUGGAGUGCAUUUGAAAUGGUUCAUACAAAGAGAAAAAAUCGGUUGCAUCAAAAGAAAAUGAAUGAUUUAGUGUAUGUGAUGUAUAAUUUGAAGUUAAAGGGCAAGCAAAUUAGAAAAACUCCAGAACUUGAAUUUGAUGCAGUGCAUUCUGAUGAUGAGUGGAUAACUGAGGAUGUUAAUGAAAAUAUUGCUGAAAGUGUUGAGCAUUCUCACUUACCAACGAAUGACAAUACUAAUGAUGAUCCAAAUAGUAAUGAAUUUGCUAUUCCAGGUAUGAAUAGUAAUGAAUUCAACAUGGGUGAGGGAGGUGAGAAUGAGUUUAUUAGGGAUCCACAACAAAAUUUAAUAGAGGAAGAAGAUGAACAUGUGAAUGAUGAUGAUGAUUUUGUUGGCCGUGUUGAACCUGAGGCUGAAAGAAAUGAUGUUUCUGAUGAAGAUGGUUUGAAUGUCUAUAUCUGA